AUGACAAAUAAAAUUGAAACAACAACAACAUCAAUUGAUGAUGAAUUACUUGUUGAUGUUGUAAGUCUUAAUGGUAAUAGUAGCUUAUGUAUUGAUUCAUCUCAUCAUACAUCGUCAUCAUCAACUUCAUCAUCAUCACCAAAUCAUUCAAUUGAUUCAAGUCCACAUUCACCAACAUCAUCAUUAUGUGGUGGCAUAGAAGAUGAGCAUACAAAUUCUUCCACGCAGAAAUCAUCAUCAUCAACUAAACAACAUAUUGUUAAGCCACCUUAUUCAUAUAUAGCAUUAAUAACAAUGGCAAUAUUACAAUCACCAUCACGUCGUUUAACAUUAAGUGGUAUAUGUGAAUUUAUAAUGAAUCGUUUUCCAUAUUAUAAAGAACGUUUUCCAGCAUGGCAAAAUUCAAUACGUCAUAAUUUAAGUUUAAAUGAUUGUUUUUUAAAAAUUCCACGUUCACCAGGAAAUCCAGGAAAAGGAAAUUAUUGGACAUUAGAUCCUGCUAGUGAAAAUAUGUUUGAUAAUGGUUCAUUUUUACGUCGUCGUAAACGUUUUAAACGUUUAAAUCAUCAUCAUCAUCAUCAUCAUUCAGCAUGUUUUCAUCAUGGACCUAUAAUGCAAUCAACUGGAGGAGCGCCACCAUCAUAUCCUCCAAUACCAUUUCCAUUUGUUCCGACAUCAUCACCAAUAAAAAGAUGUUUUCCAUUAUUACCACCACCAUUACCUUUACUUCCUCCACCACCACCAACAUCAACAAUACCAAUGAUUCAUAAUAAUAAAAAAUCAAAAAUUUCAUUUACAAUUGAUAAUCUUAUUGGAAAUAAUAAAACAUCAUCAACAUCAACAACAAAUGUUAAUUCUGUAUUAACGAUAACUAAUCGAGAAACAUUUCGUGUAUGA